UUCAUCUUCCUUAUCCCAGGGUUAUUACGCAUCAUCAUCAUCGCAUCCCUUCUCUAUGUUCAUCUCUAGUGGAUAUGUUCUGUAGCCGUAUAUUUUCAAUAAGUACAUUGUCUUUCCAUGAUCAUGAGAUUUUCGAAGUUAAUAAACUUUUAUCUCGCGAAUUUCUGGAAUUGGCAAUUCGUUCUUAGUUGGCACAGAAGAAAGAUUCAUUUUGCUCCCAAUUUAACUGUCUGAAUAUUUAAUUUUAUUGGAUAAAAUGCCGAAAAGAAGGCUCGAUGAAGAUCCCGAAAAUUUGGCUAUUCCUCUUCCUAUCCAACACUUUUUAUGGCAGCAAACUAGCCCAUUUAUUCGGCCAAAAUGCUUUAAGAUGCAUGAAUCUACUGCUGAAAAACAGCGAGAUGCUUGUAAAUCCUUUGAGAAAGUUCUUGUCCAGAAUAUACAGUUUGGUCUUUCACCGAGCCUUACUGCGGCAAUUAAAAGCAUUAGCAGAUGGCACUUAAUACAAGCAGCAUUCCCUCAUGUGAUGCACUGUUGUGCUGCACUUUUGUAUCGCCGUAAAGACAGAUGUUUGGAUAAACUAGGUACAGCUGAAACUAAAUUGUUAUACACAUUACAAUGGAUAAUUUUAGAUGCUGCUGAAGAAUGUGCUGAUGCCGAAGCAGAGCAAGGCAUAUUUCAUUCACCUAGUCAUUAUUUAUUUCCCAUUUCUGCAAUACAGGUUUUUGUUUACUUAUUUGCCCCAUUAGGAGAUUUUCUAAAGCAUUCAGAUUUCAUGACAAACUUUCGUUUAGAAAAUGGUUUAAAACUAUGGGAAUCCUUAUGGGAAUUCAAACACCCAAAUGUUCCAUGCUUUACUACUCAUGUUAUGACAAAGCGCACAUUUCUGAGAGGGCGGAGAGAGAAACACAAUUUGCCUAAAUUUGGAGAUGUUUUCAUUGGUGGAGCUGUUCAAGAGAAACAAUCGCACAAGGAACAAUGCACAGCUUCUUUAGACAGUAGUGAUACUGGACCCACAGUCACAAGUCCUGCUUCAACUGGAUCUGAGCAUUCACGACAAAAAGACGAAGAUGAGAGCAGUAAAUCUUCUUUGAAGUCUGAACACAAAAAAGAUGCACUAUACUGUGAAAUUUGUUCAAGUUCUGCUGUAAAAGUUCAGGAGGAUAAUAAUUUAUUGCAAUGCAAGUGUGGGAAUAUUUGUGUAACAGAGGCAGAUGGAAAGGCAGAAGUUCCAGUUGGAGUUUUAGAGGCAAGUACUGCAAAUGUUAAGCCAGGGAAAAUGGAUGUUGCAAUGGCUUCAUACUUAGAUGUUGCUGUUCUUCGUUGCCUUUUUAUUUCUCAGUGGUUAGAAGAAGGAAUAUUUUGGGCAUUAAAAUAUUUAUAUCAAAGAUUAAAAGAUAUAAGAGAUACAUCUUCGGAAAUAUCCUGUGUUCGUAAACGCAGCUGUUCUUUACCUAUUCCCGAAAUAGAAAUAUCAUUCUAUCAGUCACCAGAGCAAAAUAAAAAAGAUUAUUCUUCCUCUGCUAUGGAAAAUAUAUUUAUGGUAGACACAUCGUAUCAGUUACCAAGUCAUCACACCAGUAUGCAUGAACUUCACCAGUCGUCUUUUGAUGGACAGUCUGAGAAACAGAAAUGUAAACGGAUGAAAAUGGGGGAUUUGAAAUUAUUUGUUGAGGAAAAAUUUCGUCUAUCAGAAAGGCUUUUAGACAAAAUUGGCAAGGAUCAUUCACAUACUUCAUCUCUUCCAGAAGCACAUGGAGGAUCUGUCAUAACUGAAUCUUUUGGUCAAUCUGAAUUUAAAUCCUCUUUGUCAUCCGAACUGUUAGAAAUGCAGAGGCCCAAAUCAGCUCUUGCUAUGUUGGAUCACAAACAUUCAGAAUCUGAAGAUACUGACACAUCGGAACUCGUGAAGGCAGAGAUGGUGAGAGGACGUAGCAUGCCUAGUCUACAUCAUUAUGGUGAACAUCAUAAAUUUGAUUCUGUUAUUCCACAUAUUACUCAUCAGCCUCUCUCUCUGGGAGUUAAAAAAGUACCAGCAUAUCAUACUUUUAGUGUACCAAAUCCUAUCAUCACAGUGACAGAGCAUUCUCCUGUUGCUUCGGUUCAGUUCUUUUUAAAUCAGGAUUCAAAUGGUCAACGAGAUGAAAAUUCUCCACCUGCUACUCCAAAUACUUCAGCACAACAUUUUGGAAUAACACGUAGUCAGACUGAUUCAAAUAUUGCGUAUGAUCCUGAAAGUAUAUGCGAAGCAACGGGCUCGACUUAUUAUAUUACACCUGAAGGAGAAAUUUGUUUGGAAGUCGUGCUAAAAGCUGUUCAUUCAGUUACAUUAGGUGAUAGUUCUCUGUCAGUUCGGGUCUGUGAAACUGCACUUAACAUGCUGGAUCUUCUUUUAUCAUUUGGAAUUAUACAAUCUAAGGAAGCAGAUAAAGAUCAAGAGCAGAUGCUUAAAUCUGAUGAUGCUCAAAUGAGUACACCUGGAACUGAAAAUAGUGCCCUUAGCCAAGUAGAAAAAGUGAAGCCAACUUCCGAGAAGAAAAAAGAAUUAACUCUUCAUCAUUUAUUUAUGGAUAGCUUAUGGAGGAUCUGCAAGUUCCUUGGAUGUCCUCAUAGUUGUGGAGAAGGCCAUAGAUGUAGGCCAACUACCGAGCUGUUGCGUAUGCAGAUAUUGAAUGCUUUUAAUCGACUGUAUGAAGCUGAUCGAAAGCAAUUUAGGAAUUUUCUUCAGGAUGUCAUUAACAGCCGUCCAUUGUUGGAAGUUAUUGAUUUUUUUCAUAGUUUCAUUGGCUUCUGCAUGGAAUCUGGAUCACCAGUAUCUCCACUGCCUCCAAAACGAGCCAGUACAUCGGGUAGUCAAGAGAAUAAUUUCAGGCAUUCCUAUGCAAAUAAUUUUGGUGCUGGUGCUGGAAAACCUGGUGUUCGAGAUGCAGAAGACCUUGUUAUAAGUAAUUCUUUCAAAGCUGUAGUUUCUCGUCUUGUCCUUGCCCGAAAAGAUCUGAAAAGCCAAGAAAACUUGUCACUGUAUCGAAGCAUUCGGCAGUUCAUGGCUUAUGUAAGAGAAUAUCAUGGUGGCACAUUCAGAAGAGUAGCUCUCAGUGGACUUCUAGACAGUGCAGAAAGGCCCCACAAGAAGAAUAAAAACACUAUUUCUGCAACAAGAAUUGUUAGACAUACAAAAUCUGUUGAUCAUGAAGAUUACAGAGAUCCUAUUUAUUCUCCAACUGUAUGUGUUGUGGAUGAAACUUCAUCAAAUAAAAGUACCAGAAAGUCAUUUUUCAGGAAAAGAGGUGUGCGCAGAGCACCAAGUGCACAGAGUGUCCUGGAUGAUAGAGAUGAUUUAUCUUGUCCCAGUCCUGCACCUGGUCAGGUUGCUCCACCUUUUUUGCGCUGUGAUAAGACAAUUACACCACGACUGAGUGUGUCAGAUGAUGAAAAUUUGUCACUUCAGAGAACACCUAAGCAUAAAGGAAACAGAUUUCAAAUUGUUAAUUGGUUGAAAGGUGAUAAAACAAAACAAAAUGAAUACAGUUUUGGUGAAGAUGAGGGGAAUCUUCCUUCUGUAUUGUUAGAAGGCUACUCCCUUCCAGAAAAACUUUCCAGAGGCUACAGUGUAAUGAGUAAAACACCAAAGCUCAGCCACAAGUCAUCUAGCCAUGUAAGUCUGACACUUUCCAAAGCUAGAAAACGCAUGGAAGAUCAUUUGACAAAAAUUGGAUUUGGUCGAAAUAAAAAAAUACAUGGAAGUUUUGAGGAACCAUUAGAUACUAGCCGCAGAAAUUCCUGUGAUUUUGAUCAUGGUUUGAAAGAAGGAGAAUUUCUGGUUGCUAAAGAGAGCAAGUUAGUGAAUAUUACUGCAGUGAAAGAAGGAAUGCUGCGACUCUCAUUUCAAAUGGAAGCUUGUUUGCCUGGCUCUAUACCUGAUCCUCCACUUUUAGCUGCUGCUUUAGAUUUAAAAGCUCCAGUUGUCGCCCGUGCAGCUUUGUAUUUAGAAUGUGCACAUUUUGUUCAUCGUUGCAAUAAAGGAUGCUGGCCUACUUGGAUGAGAACAAACUUACCUAUAGUUCGGUCUUCAAAUCCUCAUGCAAACAGAAUAAGCCAUUCUGAUUUAAGAAGAACAGAUACUCUUCAAAAGGCUUCUGGCAAAUUAUUUUUUCAGUGGGCUGAGGCCAUUGGUAUUCGCUUAGAAGAACUUUUAGAAAAAGAAGAAAAAGAACAAACUAUCAGUAGUAGUGAUGAUAACAAAAAACGUCAGUUAAGAUUAGAAGAUGAAGAGGAAGAUUUUCUUGAUGAAGCAUGUGUCAAUGCCAGUGGAUCCGACUGUCCCUUUGCUCUCCGAAUUGCGGCCUGUCAGUUACUUUUUGAAAUAACUGCAUUUAUGAGAGAAACAUACCAAUAUUUACCUCAUAAGUCAAGCCGCUUAAUGUCUAUCAGAGAUAAACCAAUGUUUGAACCCAGAAGCACUGCAAAUCGCAGAUGGAGCAUGGCACUGAGUAGUGUUGGUUCCUUAUCUGAUCCUCCAGGAGACCGUAGGAUCAGUUUUCUACUGCAAGAUAAUGACCGAUGUGUGGAUAUUGAUGGGGAAUCUGAAAACAGCAGCAAUACAACUCUUACAGUGCAAGAGGAUGAUGAAAAGAAAGGCCGGCGAUUGGGAAGACCUCGCCUGCUUAGAAGAGGUUUGGGCUCAACAGCUGGUAACAGUUCCAGCUUCAAGAGAAGAAGUCUUAAACUGAAGAAGCCAAGUGAGAGACGUAGCAGAACUCGUUCAUCUACUUUUGCUGAGGAUGAAGAAGACAUAGUUUCUGCCCUGCAGAGGACAGAUAGUAUCCGCUCAAAGCGAAAAGUCAGUGCUGUUUCCGACAGAAGCGACACCAGUGAUAAAGUUGAUUUAUCUGGUGAGGAAUCACCAGGAGUUCUCAGUGACGACUUAGCUCCUGAGAGUCCACCUGAUCUUGCUGAAAGUGAUGAUACUCAGCUAACUAAAAACCUUCCAUGGCUAAAGGUGAUGAUCAAAGUCCUGAAAAGUUUAAAUUUUGAGUGUCCUCACCAAUACUUUUGUCAUGUAAAUUGCUACCGUAGACAAAUGCGGUCAUGCAAUCGGUUGGUGAAAGCUGUCCGCAAGGUGUAUGGUGACUCGUUUGGAAUGAUGAUUGAUACAGAAAAACACGAAGAAGAGAAAGGAGAACUUAAAAAAGAGAAAAAGAUUAAAAAGAUUAUAACUGCUCCCAGCUCUCCCUUGCGCCGUAAAGCUAGUGUUGCUCAUAUGGACAAAUUAGAAAGACCUAGUGAUGUGCCACAUCUUGCAGCUUUUAGAUCUCUUCACAGCAGCACUACAUUUCUAGCUCACGAUAUUGAAUCAGGUGUGCAUAUUAAAGAGACAGAAGGAAAAUUGCAACCAGCUGGAAGUGAGAAGGACAAAAAUAAGCUAAAAGAAGAACUUCCUGUUUUGAAGUAUAUAAAAUCUCAGGUAAAAGAUUUAUUUCACAGCAGUUUAUCGACAGUUAUUAAAGGUGCAGUUGUAGUGCCUGAAGACUUGUUUACUGAAAUCAUGUCAGUUUCUUGGGAAUUGCUGUUGGAAUGGGACUACCAGUUAACUGCUACUGCUGCUGUUUCCUUCAUAUUAGCAUCAGUUAAGGCUCCAGAUUAUGCUUCAAAGUUACUGCUUCAAGAAUUUCAACAUGAUGAACCAGCUCGAAGAGUCAAUGCAAUUUUAAAAUUUCAAGUUCUUUGGCGAAAUCGAUACCAGUGCUGGCCAAGGAUGGAAGAUGGAGCUCACAUUACCUUUAAAGUGCCCCCACCAAACAUUGAGUUCACGCUUCCAUCUCCAAAAAUAGCAACUGAUCACGUACCUGUUGCAGACACCCCUUGGAUGCCACAUGUUAAAGCUAAAGUAGAGGAAGUUACUCUAAACCAGGACCAGUCUUUACAAAGAUCGUUUGUCACUGCUACGAAAACCAGACGAAAGCAGCAGAUGGAACUUAUUCAUCGUGCUUUGCAAGAAGAGGAAGAAAAGAAACGAACUGAGAGAGAAAACUAUCAUAUUACAGCAGCAGCGGUUACCUCACAGGCAGCAUAUGAACCUGCUCUUUUUCAUUCUGUAGAAGAGCAUGAAGAUGGUGAUGAAGAUCUGACAAUGGAAAGAAUAACAACGCAUCAUAUGCAAGCUGCUCAAGCACUUUUUCCAUCAUGCCUUUGCUCUGCUGCUAUUCCAAUAAUCAAUUUGAUGGAAGAUGCUCAAGUGAAUAAUGAAGGAAUUGCUGUAUAUGAAGCAGCUUUGAAGGUGACAUAUCUUUGUUUAAUAGAAGAUUCAGCAUUAUUUUUGCGACAUAUUUUAGAAAAACUGACUCGAGAAAGGCAAAGUGAAAUGUUUCAGAUCUUGCGAAAACUGUUGCGUUUCAUUCCACAGUUACCUCCACAAUCUGCUUAUGCACUCUAUAACUAUUUGAUUGGUUAUGUUAUGUUCUAUGUCCGUGCGCCCGUGGAAGGUGGUCAGGAUCACAUAGGGAAUGCAUUGUCAGUUUUAUGGCAAGUAAGUUGUACUAGUGUUCAUGGAUUGUUUCUUAAAGAUUUGAAGCAAGUGUUGAGAAAAGAACAAUGUGAUGCAACUCUUCUGAUAACAGCAAAUGUGCCCAGUGCCAAAAAAAUUAUUAUUCAUGGGCCUGAUGCCGGAGGUAUUCCAUCCCAGUAUCCAAUCCAUGAGGACACUCAAUUUGCUCUUAUUUUACAAGACAGCUUGGAUUUCUUUGGAAUAGAUGAAACUCAGCAUAAUUCACAUUUUUUGAUAGAUACAAAGACAAAUAUGAUGCAUUGCCCUGAAAGUUAUGUGAGAGAUUUCUACUUUUUUAAGCGAUCACAAUAUCCUCAGCUAUCUUUAGUUCAUAUGAAUCCUGACAAUGCCUUUGAAACGAUGCAGAAACAGUCUUUUAAGUUACGUUUUCUUGAGCUUGGAAAAGUUUUGAUGAGCUUGGCAAUACUGAAAUCAAAUACUCAAAUAGCACAAAGAGUUUUCUUUUUACAUGAAGAGCUUAUGAAAUUACCAUCAUUCCCACGUAAAGCUUUAGAAUGUGAUUUCAACCUAUAUUCUGGAACACUCGGAAAGGAAAUGCUAGGCAUGGACACUCUUCAUAAAAUGGUUUGGGUUAAACUUGUUGCUCGCAUGUUCGAAGCAAUGGCAGGCCUUUUUGUCCAUUCUUCUGAUAUUCAUCUGUUUCUGAAUGUUGUCAAUGGAGCUUUAGUUUUACAUCCUGAAGAUGCAAUGAUUUUGCGUUUAUGCAUGGCCACUUUCUUAAAUGCUGCUUUACAGUUCAAAAAUAUAUUUGCUUCAAAUGGGUAUUUGUUGAUUAUGCCAACAAUGUUACGUAUCUACUCUAAUCAUCAAACUAAUAGUUUGUUAUGCCGAACUAUAGAAUUUGUGUGCAAACAGUUCUACAUAAUGCAUCGAAAGCCUUUCAUCUUACAGAUGUUUGGUAGCGCUGCUCCUAUUUUGGACAUGGAUACUCAAAGCAGUUAUGGUGAUGCAAGCAAAGUACAACCGAAAGCUUUCUUCCAACUGUUACAGUCACUGGAACAGUACGUGGUCGACCCAUUAGACAUUUUAGAAUUGGUAGAUGUAGAAAAACCAUUGCGUGCAUUAGAUUUUUGCUAUCAAAUGGAUCCUGACACUCUUUCAAUGCUAGAUGCUAUCUCUCUGUGCAUUACAGUCGUUGCAUAUGCUGCUGAUUCACAGCGGGGGCAUCAAAUGCUUACUAUUCUUGAGGCUGUGCUUCCCUUCUAUUUGCGGCACUUGCAGAAUCUCACUAUGAAGAAGGAAACUCCUGGUGGUUCCCGAUCUGAGCUCAGCAUGAUUCAUAGCAUUUCCAUUUGCAUGAAAACUCUCAUUAGCAAUUGUGAAGCUCUUGCCAGGAACUACACAGGUCCACAGCGGGCAAUCGAUUUGCGUGGAUCCAGUAUCAAAAACAUGUCUAGAGGUGCAUGUUCUCCACCAUAUGAAGUAGACGAUGAUAGUCAUUCUAAGUUCAUGACAGACAGUUACUACAGUUCACGUAGACCUCAGCAACCACAGUAUGACCGUCAAGUUGAAGAUAGUGAUAUUUUGAAAUCUGAAUUCCGCCGACCUCGAGACACUUUGCUCAGUGUUGUUUCUGAAUUCUUAACAAUUUGCUCUGCAAGAUUAGCAGAUCUAAGUAAAAAGAUUCCUGACCUGUCAAGCAAGUCUACUGAACUUUUAGACAAUAAAUGCCAUUUUAGGUUAGCUGAAGUGGCACACAGCCUCCUUAAAGUUGCUCCUUAUGAUCCAAUAACUAUGUCUUGUCGGGGACUUCAGCGUUACAUGAAUGAAGUGUUGCCUCAUUCAGAAUGGGCUCAAGAAGCUAUGAGGCCUGCUCUUAUAAUGGUUCUAAGGAGGGUUGACAAAACAUUUAGCAAAAUAGCUAAAAAAACAACUAUACGACGUUUAACAGAUUGGAAUGCCGCAAGAACACUUCUAAAAGGAGUUUAUUUAACGUUAUACAAACAUCCAUACAUAGUUCAUCUGCCACAUCUUAAGUCAUUAGUUAGUGGAUGCCAAAGCAUUAUCCUUGGAGAUCAAAGUACUUAUGCUGAGAGUUCUUCAAAUUUGCCAACUACUACUACUUCCAUGACUCAGUCUCCACCACCCAGUUUUUGUUCUGUUGUUGUACGCCUCAUUGCUAUGCAGAUGAUUGCCUUAGGUGAAGCUCAGUCUUUGGAAAGUGUUUGUGGAGGAAGCUCCGCUUUUUCUAGUCCAGAAAAAGUAGAAACCUAUCUAAUGAAUCUAAUACUUCCUCUUUGUAUCCGAAUUAGCAGUGGGAUUAAAGAUGUUCCAAAAUUACGGCAUUCUGACAUAGCAUUUGCUCUUACUAUGGUGUUGCAUGCUUUAGCUCCUAUUUCACCUGCACAAAGUAGUGCAACUACUAAAGGUGCUUCAGAUAGCAGUACAACUGGAAAAUCUCCUAAUCGAACAAAGAUGUUUCUUUUUCAUAUUGGUUUUGUCGGUUUAAAGAUUCUUAUAGUAUGCUUUGAGAAGCAGCUAGGAAAUGAUUGGCAUCGUAUUGCUUGUUGUAUUCGAGAACUUGGCAAUAGAAUGCAAGGUGGGCUUGGGCUGUGGAAUUUCAUAGACUUCACAGUCACACACCGAACUCCUUUAUAUGUUCUAUUAUAUCCUAUGAUUAAGUGCAAAAUGCUAAAGACGAUUUGUGACAAUGAGCAAGAAUAUUCAUUUCAACAGAGAAUUAAAGGAAAAUUACAAGGUCAUAAUUUACCAACGCCAAAAAGUCAUGGUGCCCUUUUUGUAGAUAUGGUAUCUGAACUGAAAUCAUUAAAAGAAGACCUUAUUUCUUGGAAAAUAGGUGGUGGUAAAGUAGAACGUUUGAAGUCUACUGUAUCAACUGAUCACAGCACAAGUGAUACCUCACAACAGGUUGGCUUUAUGUAUCAAGCUACUAGGCGUAGUGAACAUUCUGGUUUGAAUCAACCUGAACAACCAUCUGAGACAAAAGAAAAUCCACCAGAAAGUUCUUCCAGGGAUAGUCCAUUAUCUCCAGAGACACAAGUUGCACUAAGCCAGACAAUUAUUGGCAAACACCAUAAGGGGCUAAGUAUUAAAUUUAACCCUAAGGGUGGUAGUCGUCAAGUUCUAAGGCAUUUGCUGCGCCGAAGUAGUUACCCUUAUCCAGAGGAUACCAAUUGUUCUGAAGAGGGCUUGAGUGGAAAACUACCAGCUGUAUCAGAACCUAGACUAUGGAGGAAAAGCACCUUUCACAUUAAAAGGGGUGGGAGUAGAAAAAGCAGAGUCAACAGUGGCAGUAGCCUCACGUCGAUGGGGACGGCCAGGCAAACAGAAGAGCAAGACUCACAAGGAGAUCAAACUGACUCAGUGAGCCAACCUCCCUCUUGCCCAACAAGCCCGGUUGGUGGAGUCCAGUCGCCGGACCCGGAUUCGGACCCUCACCCGCCGAGACACCGCCUCCAGCGGCAGAAGGCUCCAAGCCGCAAGACUUUCCGCUACAGAAAAUCCCAUCGAGGUGCUGGAUGGGCAGCUCAUACCGAAGCAGAUGAGGAAAGUGGAGGUGAAUCGAUCGCUAUGAUUCCCACAAAGACUCAGCCUCCUUUGACAGAAGAAGACAAUCCAAGUGCUGUGCCUGAAGUUCAGUUUAUUCAGAAGCAAAGUAAACAGAAAUUGGCCACUCAAGGAGGUGAAGAUUCUCCUGUUGAACGUAGAGCAAAGCGCCAUGUUAAAAAAAGAUUUCGGUCACACUCUCAAUCUCCCACUAGUCCCCUCUCCCCGGGCGAAAGUCACCAUGCCUUAGGCGACUCCAUCGAAUCUUUAGGCUCUGGGGAGAAGAGCACACUGUUGCAAGAAGGAGAAAGCCAAAUGGAAGAGUCACAGGCAUCAUUGUUGAUGGUUUUCCCGAGUAAAGAUGAUGAUAAUACAUGUGUUGAGAUGUUCUUCACUAGCAUGUCUAGAGCCAUCUGGAAAAAGAAGUCAUAGCAAGGGGAUCUUUAAAUUUAUCCUUAUGUUAUUGUAAUCAUAUGCAUAAAAAUAACUGAUAUAAAACUAAAUUAAUCUGAGGAGUUUUUUCAUAUUAUGUUUUUCUUCAUGAAUCAUUUCCAUUUAAUAAAAGUUUUAUUAUCUUUUUUAGUACUAUUA